CCGCUGCUCCGUCCCCAGAUUAGCUCGAUCCAUCAUGGCGAUGCACGCAAAGGCGACGCCGCCGCAGAUCCCGGACACCCGCCGGGAGCUCGCCGAGCUGGUGAAGAGGAAGCAGGAACUCGCCGAGACGCUGGUGAACUUGGAAAGACAGAUCUAUGCGUUCGAAGGCAGCUACCUAGAAGACACCCAGAUGUACGGCAACAUCAUCAGAGGGUGGGACCGGUACCUCACCAACCAGAAGAACUCCAAUAGUAAGACUGACCGACGGAACAGGAAAUUCAAGGAAGCGGAGCGUUUAUUCAGCAAGUCAUCGGUCACAUCAGUUGCAGCAGUGUGUGCGCUUGGUGGGAUUCCGGAUCACAUGAAUGAAAAGCGCGAAGCAGGCAGCGGCACGGAAAGCGACACGUCCCCAGAUCUCCAGAACCAGGAGAACGAGCCCAGCCAGGAGGACACGGAAGACGUGGACUCGACGCUGCAGGACCUCAAGCCCCAGAAGGCCGCCUCCUCCUCCUCCUCAGGCAGCCAUCACGCAAGCCACAAAAAGAGGAAGAACAAAAAUAGACACAGGUUUGACAUGAAGGUUAACAAGAAACCACGAGCUGAUUAUUCAACUUAAAGAAGUCGACUGGAAAACCCGAACACACACACAUGAGGAGGAUGCAUGUAGAGAAACUGAUAUCUGGACUUUGUGAAUUUUGUAUGCCUUGUUUAUUUUAUUUUUUUAAACCAUCAUAUUUCACCCUGUACUUUGUAUUGCUUGAUACAUUCCCCCCCUCCCCCCUCCCCUGCCACCUACCUGUGGUCAUGGUCCAAACUGUGACCUUCUGAUCUAAGUAGAACUGUUGAUGAGGCCGCCUCCAGAAACGCACCAUUUUUGUAUAGUGUUAAAAAGAGAAGUGUAUUUAUUAUGUAGUUAAUUUUUUGAUGUUUUACAUUGUGAGAACGUUUUGCUUUUUUUUGUUAAGCAAUCACAUAGUCGUUCAACCCCCCCCCUCCCCUCCUGAAUACCCUGAAUUCUUUUAUUACAUUUUUUGUUUUGCAAAAAAAUAAUAAAACCCCAGUAGCUGGAAUCUGUUCUUGUUAUUUGUGCGGCUGUUGGUGAGGGCGGGGCCUCGUUUCACUCCACACGGCCGUUAAGGGGUUGUCAUAGGUUGAGGUCUGGCUUUAAUAACCGUCCUCAGCCUCUGUUGUUGUUUCUAAUGUCAAACUCUGACAAGACACUGAAACCUUGAACGUGACCGUAACUGUUUGAGUUCCCACACAUGUGGUCCAUUAAAAAAGUGACAUUAUGGAACGGUUUCCCUUUUUAAAGAGUCCAAAUAUUAUUCCACUAUUAUAGAAAAUAACCAGCGCAUUCUUGAGUGACGGUUUGUUUUAUGAAAAUAGUUCCUCGAGUAAACAGAACGGACAGAUGACAGUUCACUGCCUUACACGUACGGUGACAUGGCUUUUCUCAGUCAUAAACUUUAAUGUCA